UCCGACUCAUUACACUUGUCCUUCCUGUUGAACUUCAUCUUCUCCGCGAAGCCUCCUGAGAUGCGACCCUGCUAAACAGAAGCCCCCGCAGCCUCAACUUCGUCUUCUUUGGCUAAAAAGAGACUUUUAUGGAAGUUUUCACUUAAACCGACCCACCUCCCAUCCAGGUUCCAGGGUUGCAGCCCCGUUGCAAGGAUGGCAGAGUGAUUACACUUGUUGCUUUCCUGCACCUCAAGGACUUGGACUUCGGUCUCGUGACAAGGUCAGUGCUGGUGGUUUUAGGCUUCAGCUGAUCUGACUGCAAGCUCUUGGACACCAUGUACAGCCAACAGCCCUUCCCAGCCUUCGCUUUCAACGCCGGACUCAUGCAGGAUCCCGCCAACUGUCAUUUUGGGGGUUACACGGGUUUAGGACACCCCCAGCCCUUCUCCUUCGCCUUCUCUACGCUGAAAUCGGAAAACGGAGAGUCUGGAGUUCAGGGUAUGGGGGACUGUACGACUCCUGUGAUGCCCUGGAACUCGCUGGCGUCUUUCGAUCACCAGGUCCAGAUGGAGAACAACCAGCAAGGGAAUCCGCCCAGAGCCCCAAGUCCGACUCUCAGCGACUCCAGGAUUAAGGUCAAAGAGGAGGUUGUCCAUGAAACUGACAGCGGAGAAGAGUCCCCAGAACCCAAAUACCCCAGCCCCCCUAAUCCCUCUCUCUACUACCCCAACGCAUGGACUGGCGCCCCUUUCUGGCAAGUGAACCCCACGCCGGGCAAUAACAUCAACCCAAUGCCCAACCAGACUCUUGUGAAAAACACCAGCCUACCGGGGAACACCACCUACCCCACCCCAGCAAACCAAAGCCCCAAUACCCCAGUAGACUGUGUGACCUCCAGUAUGGAAAGCAGCAGAUGCAGCAGCACCAACUCCCCCAAUGGGGCAAUUAAUGAACGGGCCACCACUAUCCCUAAUGGAGAGAUGCUUGAUGGGGGGCAAUCCAGCGACAAUGAGGAGGAGGUUCCCAGCGAAUCAGAAAUGGAGCAGUUUGCCAAAGAUCUGAAGCACAAGCGAGUGUCCCUGGGCUACACACAGGCGGAUGUUGGCUACGCACUCGGGGUCCUGUAUGGCAAGAUGUUCAGUCAGACGACAAUCUGUCGCUUCGAGUCGCUGCAGCUCAGCUUCAAGAACAUGUGUCAACUGAAACCUUUCCUGGAGCGCUGGGUGGUGGAGGCAGAGAACAACGACAACCUGCAGGAGUUGAUCAACCGGGAGCAGGUCAUUGCCCAAACACGGAAGAGAAAAAGGAGGACGAACAUAGAGAAUAUAGUGAAGGGGACCCUGGAGAGUUACUUCAUGAAAUGUCCCAAGCCGGGCGCCCAGGAGAUGGUGCAGAUCGCCAAGGAACUGAACAUGGACAAAGAUGUGGUCCGGGUCUGGUUUUGCAAUCGGCGGCAGAAAGGCAAGCGCCAGGGAAUGCCCACCGUUGAGGAGAACGACGGCGAAGGCUACGAUGUUGCACAGACCAUGGGGUCGCCCCCUGUUGGACACUAUGCGCUGCAGCAGGUGGUGACCCCGCAAGGUUACAUGGCAGCUCCGCAGAUUUACGCCUCGGCUUUCCACAAAAACGACCUGUUCCCCCAGACGGUGCCACACGGAAUGGCCAUGGGGGGCCACAUUGGCUGAAGAUGAAACUUCCAUAGAGACUAAUGAUUCACCAAUUUCUUUUGUUAUCAGUGGGUGCUCUUCAGCUUCCAUCACCUGCUUUUUAUAAAGACUAAAGUUUUUAUAAAACCCUAUAUCCCCAUGGAAAGAAAAUUAGCCUUUUUAUUUUUUCCCCAAAUCUCCAACAGCCGCUGGUGCUGGAAAAUGCCCCUCCUGCACCCCAAUACACUGUCUGACAGACGUCCAUUUAAUUUAUUAACUGGUUUAUCUUUUCCUUCAUUAGCCCUGAGUUGUUAGGGUGUCACAUAUAUACAAGCAGACUCCCCGAACCCCAAUGUUUCAGGCUUGUUGCCCUCAGAUCUUGUACUCGGUCAGUCUGCACGGCCUGUGGGAUCCUAUUAGUCGGAUGUUCCUCACUGUAUUAUAAAUGCACUGUAAAUAUUCCUUCUUCCCGGAAUUCCCCUUCACCUUUUGUUUUUAAAGAGAUUUUAUGCUUCCAGGAUGUAAGCGUAUAUUUAUGUAUAUUAUCCAGAUUGCAAUGAAAUGACUCGCAUUCCCAAACCCAA